UCCUUCCCGCAGGAGUUUCCCUCACCUGCCCAGCGGCCACCGCCCCAAGCUCCCGCCUCGUUCGCAUAAUCUAUGCGUUGGCCUUAUUAGUAUGUAAAUAUAUGCGCAUACAUUUGCAUGCCGAUGAGGUCAAGCAAAGAGUGGGUUGCGAUCAAAAUGGCGGAGCGGGGCGGGCGAGGUAGCGGCGGUCAUGGCAGCCUGGACAAGAGCAUCACCCUUCCGCCUGACGAAAUCUUUCGCAAUUUGGAGAACGCCAAGCGUUUCGCCAUAGACAUCGGUGGCUCAUUAACCAAAUUGGCUUAUUAUUCAACUGUACAGCAUAAAGUAGCAAGAGUGAGAUCCUUUGAUCAUUCUGGAAAGGACAUAGAACAUGAACCUUUAUAUGAAAUAUCAGUUCAGGAGGAGAUUACAGCUCGACUUCACUUCAUUAAAUUUGAAAACACUUAUAUUGAAACCUGCCUAGAUUUCAUCAAAGACCAUCUAGUCAAUACAGAGACAAAAGUAAUCAAAGCUACAGGUGGCGGCGCCUAUAAAUUUAAAGAUCUUAUUGAGAAGAAGUUGGGGUUGAAAGUAGAUAAAGAAGAUGUAAUGACCUGCCUAAUUAAAGGAUGCAACUUUGUGCUAAAGAACAUACCGCAUGAAGUGUUUGCAUACCAGAAAGAUUCGGAUACGGAAUUUCGAUUUCAGACAAACCACCCGAAUAUUUUCCCGUAUUUACUAGUCAAUAUUGGCUCUGGGGUUUCUAUAGUGAAGGUAGAAACAGAAGACAAAUUUGAAUGGAUUGGAGGGAGCUCAAUUGGAGGAGGGACCUUCUGGGGUCUUGGAGCACUGCUCACAAAAACAAAGAAAUUUGAUGAAUUGCUGCAGCUCGCUUCAAAGGGACAGCACACAAAUGUAGACAUGCUGGUGAAAGAUGUGUACGGAGGGGCCUACCAGACCCUGGGGCUAAGCGGAAAUCUAAUAGCUAGCAGCUUCGGGAAAUCUACUACAGCAGAUAAAGAAUUUUCCAAAGAAGAUAUGGCAAAAAGUUUACUACAUAUGAUCAGCAACGACAUUGGCCAACUUGCCUGCCUCUAUGCCAAGCUCCAUAACUUAGAUAAAAUAUAUUUUGGAGGAUUCUUUAUUCGGGGUCACCCUGUUACCAUGCGCACAAUAACCUACAGCAUCAACUUCUUCUCCAAGGGAGAGGUUCAGGCAUUGUUCCUGAGACAUGAAGGCUACCUGGGAGCCAUUGGGGCAUUUUUAAAAGGAGCUGAACAAGACAAUCCAAACCAGUAUAGCUGGGGAGAGAAUUAUGCUGGGAGUUCUGGUCUUAUGAGUACAUCACCUGAUAUUUUCCCCAUGCAGAGAACAAGGAGUGGUACAUUUGACAUGUUCGAAAUGGAUAGGUUGGAGAGACCACUUGUUAACCUGCCACUGCUGAAGGACCCAUCCACCUAUAUUCCAGACACUGUCGACCUCACAGAUGAUGCCAUGGCCAGAAAAUACUGGCUCACUUGCUUUGAAGAGGCAUUGGAUGGGGUAGCAAAGCGUGCUGCAGCCAGUCAACCAGACUCUAUUGAUGCAUCUGAGAGAGCUGAAAAGUUCCGACAGAAAUACUGGAAUAAGCUCCAGACACUCAGGCAGCAGCCUUUUGCAUAUGGUACCUUAACAGUUAGAAGUCUGUUGGAUACAAGGGAACACUGUUUAAAUGAAUUCAAUUUUCCAGAUCCCUACUCAAAGGUAAAGCAGAAAGAAAAUGGCAUAGCCUUAAAAUGUUUUCAAAGCGUAAUCGAAUCUUUGGAUUCAUUAGGCUGGGAGGAGAGGCAGUUUGCUCUGGUGAAAGGACUUCUUGCGGGGAAUGUCUUUGACUGGGGAGCAAAAGCAGUCUCAGAUGUUCUGGAAUCUGAGCCACAGUUUGGAUUUGAAGAAGCCAAGUCAAAACUGCAAGAACGUCCUUGGUUAGAAGAUUCCUACAGUCAAUGGCUAGAGCGACUGAAGGAGGGUCCCCCUCAUAGAUGUGCCUUAAUUUUCGCAGAUAACAGUGGCAUAGACAUAAUUUUAGGAGUCUUUCCUUUUGUCAGAGAGCUCCUCUCUAGAGGGACAGAGGUUAUAUUGGCUUGUAACUCUGGCCCUGCCUUAAAUGAUGUCACCUACAGUGAAUCCCUGAUUGUUACUGAGAGAAUAGCAGCAAUGGACCCAGUCAUUCAAUCUGCCUUGAGGGAAGAGAAGCUGCUGUUGGUCCAGACAGGUUCAAGUUCUCCAUGUCUAGAUCUAAGCCGCCUGGAUAAAGGUUUGGCUGUGCUGGUCAGAGAACGGGAGACGGACUUGGUUAUCAUUGAAGGCAUGGGUCGUGCUAUCCACACAAAUUAUUACGCGGCUUUGAAGUGUGAGAGCCUCAAGCUUGCUGUUAUCAAAAACUCCUGGCUUGCUGAUCGUCUUGGAGGGAAAAUUUUCAGUGUCAUUUUUAAGUAUGAAGUGCCAUGUAAAUGAUACUGUUCUGGCAAACUGGGUGAACAGGAGCAGCAGAAUGGACUUGCACUAGUUUUACUGUAACUGUAAAGAAUGUAUUUUUAUUACAACAGGGAAAAGAGUUCACAGGAAAUUCCGUAUUUAUAUUGUGCUUUUGUGACUUAAAAAGCAACAAUAUGAUUCAUUAUAUAGUAUAUACAUUCAAAUAUAUAUAUGUAUAUCACUCAUUGUUUAUUUUGGUAAGUGUUUAUUUUAAUGCUGCAGUAUUUGUGAUGAAAAUACUUUAUUUUUUGUUCUGUGAGACAUUCAUAUAGAAAUAUAUUUAAACGUCAAUGAAACCUUUUUAUACAUCUCUGCCUACUCUGCCAGCAAUGACAUGGCCUGUACCAAAUAGUUUUUAAAGUGCUGAAAGAAUUUGACAUUGCAUUUGCCAUGUUAGCUUUUAAAGUUAUCUAAAUUGUUUCAUACUCUUUGCAGUUAGUUCAGUUAAAGGAUUGGUCCACUUUCUAACCUAACAAACGUUGCUUAAGCUGUAUUUAAAAUAGAAAUGUCAUGAUCUGAGACCAUAGUAGAUAUCUGAACAACGCUGGUUUACCAACACUUGAAAGAACUCCUAACUUUUACUACUUCCACUGUUUGUUAACAAUCAAGGAUAUCUAAAUUACCCUCCAAGUGAAUCUGUAUUGCUUUAUUUAGGAACACCCAGCUAUUUUCCUGUCACAGGCAUGUUAGUUUCUGUUACCUUCAGCUAUUUAAUGCAAGGACUGAGAGGAAUCAAUUUUUUUUGUUCAUGCACUGCAGUUAAAACCACUUCUAAGUAAUUUGCCUUAUUCCCCCCCCCCCCCGCCAUCAGAUGUAGAGUACAUAAAUGCAGUGAUUUAACUGUUAAUUUGCAAGCCAGCAUGUGCAUGCAUCAGUCAUUCCAGCUCUGGCAUGAUUUUUUUCUGAAUGAAAAGCAGCUUAAUUGGAGAACUGUGUAAUAUGCAGUUGAGAGAACUGUUCUCCCUAAAUUUCAAAGAUUCUUCUUUGACAACAAGAGAAGAAUAAUCUGAAAUGCUCAUUACUUCCCUUUCCCUGUGGACUUGUAUUUUUUUGUUUUAUUUUUUUCUUCAUGCUCUAAUACUGUUGGAUUUUAAUAUGACUCUCUCUUUCCUAAGUUACUGAUCAGCUUGCUUAGGACAAACUAUCCUCUAUAGCUAAACAGGGGAACCUCUCAUCUUAUGAUCGUAAAUUGACAAAGGCUAAAUAGCUUGCCUACUCAGAAAGGAGGUCCAGAUCUUGCAUCUCUCAGUCCAGUACCUUGGACCAUGGUCUCCUUUUCUCUGGUUUUAGGUGAUUGGAGAGAGUGCAGUUAAGUAAGUCCUGCAUUCUGGGGGUUUAUGCAACUGUUAUGCAACUAUCUCUUCUGAAUCAGAAGUGGCCUUCACGAUGACCAGCAUGUUCCCCCUAGAAGAAGGGAGGAGUACAGUCUAUUUGUAACUAAAACAUUUAAGAGGCAGUUGUUCUUGUAUACAGCACUCACGUGAGAGCUUUAAUUUUCAGAAUGUACCUCAUACAGUAAUUAGUAAGCAGAGGCUUCAUAUUAACCUAUUCCAAGUCACUUCUACAGGCAUUCAUGUACUUACUUACAUAGCAAACUCUACACUAGCACCUUAGCCAUCUCUUUCCUAGGUGUUAACUUCUCCUCCUUUUAGCCAUUGCACUCAGAUUACCUUCUAUCCCUUACCAGUUUAGAUUCCUCCAAGCCCCUAAAUUCUGAUCAGAAGUGGGUGUGGUUAGGAGACUAACAUUCUAGAGUUGCAGAAAAACAUCUUUCUAUGGUGAUGUAGUUCCUAUAAAAUAUAUAUGAUAGAAAACUAAACAAAAAAGUGUUAAGCAUUUGCCUUCCCUGAAGUCUCUUGGCUUUGUCUUGUAUUUUCCUUUAUAUGUAAACGAGUGCAUAUUUCUUCUGUGAAAAUAGAGCAACAAGAUUUCUGAAAAACAAAAGGGGAGGAACACAGGGAUGAGUUGUUCUGUAUGACAGACUCUACAUUUUUAAACAUGCACAACCCAUACAUUGGAAUGGAUAGAGAAAAAGAACACAAAGAUGCACAUUCAGAUGCUGGAGUGGUUUUUUUUUUUUUAUUUCCAUGCAUUUUCCUGCUUGUCAGAGACUUAAGAAUAGCCAUACUUGAGAAUAAACUUGUUAUUGAUGAUUUA